GGAAAGUCCCUGCCAGGUGUGUGUCUAUGGGGGGGGGGGUGGCCCCGCCCAUGAGGUAUGAAAGCCCCUCUGCCCUUGUCCUAGCUCAGUCUCUCAAUGGAGGCAGUGGUGCUGGAGGAACGGGGUAGGAAGUCCCAGGGGAAGAGCUGCCUCCUGCUGGCUGUGGCAGGAGCCACUUCCCUGGUGACCCUACUGCUAGCUGUGCCCAUCACUGUCCUAGCUGUGCUCAUCUUGGUGCCUCAGGAGCAGGAAGGACUGGUAACCAGGAUUGCUGACCCAGGGGCACAAGCCCAGCAGCAAUUGGGAUCCCAGGAGUUGCCAGAAAAGACAGCAGAGCCAGAUCUCAGCCCUGGGCUCCCAGCUGCACAUCUUAUAGGCGCUUGGAUCACAGAGCAAGGGCUCGGGUGGGAGACAGAGAAUGAAGAGGCAUUUCUGAGGAGCGGGACUGAGUUCUCGGGCGCCCAGAGGCUGGCGCUCCCGCAGAACGGCCUCUAUUACCUCUACUGUCACAUCGGCUACCGGGGUCGGGCGCCUCCUGCUGGCCGGUCCUCCGCCCACCGCUCGGUCACGCUGAGCAGCCGGCUGUACCGGGAGGGGGGUGCCUACGGCCCCGGGACUGAUGAGCUGCUGAUGGAGGGCGCCGAGAGCGUGACCGCGGUCUUGGACCCAGCCCAGCGGCAGGACUACGGGCCCCUGUGGUACACGAGCGUAGGGUUUGGGGGCCUGGUGCAGCUCCGGAAGGGUGAGAGGGUUUAUGUCAACAUCAGUCACCCCAACAUGGUGGACUACAGAAGAGGGAAGACCUUCUUUGGGGCGGUGAUGGUGGGGUGAAGGCUGCCCUCCACUUGAGGAAAAACAACUACUUGGUGGACUUGUGUGAAACAGCCCAGAUACUGAGGAUCCCGGCAACGUGGACCUCACAGCUGGGAAAAUAUAGGAGGCUGUUUAAAAACUGUUUUCAAGCCUGAUGAUAAUAAAGAAUGUCAAACUUUGGUGCAGCCAGCAUAGGUA